CUUCCCGGCUCGUUCUUUCUUUUGAUCUGCUUCGAAACCAUCUGAUUCUGCCUGAAAAAUUCUGAAAAUCUUGAUUUGUGACCUUUGAUUUCAUGGGAAAGUUCGGGUUUUUCAGGUAGAAUUGCUUAUUUGUUGUCUAAUUCGCCGAAUUUCCGGCGACGUUUGCCGAAAAACGAGAUCGGUGCGUCCGUUGUUGUGUUUAUACGCAUGAGCUGGUUCGUUAACCUGGGGAUUUCUUCGAAUUCAAAUCACUUCAUCACUUGUCUUCUGAUUUUUAUUCUUCAUUAUUCACCUCAAUUACCUUCUGCCCUGUUUAAAUUUGAGAAACCAUUGGAGCGUAGCUUUAAUCAUCUUAAUUGUCAAAGAUCAUCUCAAUAUGGAGUCCCGAGACCAACGUAAUCGUCAAUUGGAGAGAGCUUCUUGCUACUCAAAUGCUGGGAGAAGUCAAUCCCGCUCUCCUUCUGUCAUUGUUAUAGGAGGUGGAUUUGCUGGCAUUGCAGCUGCUCGUGCUCUUCAUGAUGCCUCCUUUCAGGUUGUCCUCCUGGAAUCAAGGGAUCGAAUUGGUGGUCGGGUGUGCACUGACUACUCCUUUGGUUUUCCUGUCGACAUGGGUGCAUCAUGGUUGCAUGGUGUUUGCAAAGAGAAUCCCUUGGCACCAAUCAUUGGAAGACUGGGGUUACCCCUCUACCGUACCAGUGGUGAUAACUCUGUGCUGUAUGACCAUGAUUUAGAAAGCUAUGCACUCUUUGAUACAGAUGGGAAUCAAGUUCCACAAGAUUUAGUGACCAAGGUUGGCCAAGCAUUCGAGAGCGUUUUGAGUGAGACGGAUAAAGUAAGGCAGGAACACAGUGAAGAUAUGUCUAUACUCCGUGCGCUUGAUAUUGUUUUUGAAAGGAGGCCAGAUCUCAGGCUAGAUGGGCUUUCUUAUAAGGUACUACAGUGGUACUUAUGUAGAAUGGAAGGUUGGUUUGCUGCUGAUGCAGAUACUAUCUCACUUAGAUGUUGGGAUCAGGAAGAACUUCUCCCUGGCGGUCAUGGGCUUAUGGUCCGUGGUUAUCGCCCUGUUAUAAAUACUCUUGCCAAAGGACUGGACAUAUGUUUGAACCACAGGGUCACAAAAAUUGCCCGCCGUUACAAUGGAGUGAAAGUAACAGUUGAGGAUGGAAGAACAUUUGUAGCAGAUGCAGUUGUUGUUGCUGUUCCUCUUGGUGUUCUGAAAUCCAAAAGCAUAAAGUUUGAGCCAAAACUACCAGAUUGGAAAGAAGAUGCCAUCGCAGACCUUGGUGUUGGGAUAGAGAACAAGAUAGCUUUGCACUUUGAAAAAGUUUUCUGGCCCAAUGUAGAGUUCCUUGGUGUGGUUGCUUCAACUUCUUAUGAAUGCAGCUACUUCCUAAACCUCCACAAAGCAACUGGACAUCCUGUCCUUGUUUAUAUGCCUGCAGGUCAACUUGCCCAAGACAUCGAGAAGAUGUCAGAUGAGGCUGCUGUUAAUUUUGCUUUUAUGCAACUUAAGAAGAUCCUUCCUGAUGCUUCUGAGCCGAUUCAGUACCUUGUUUCUCACUGGGGAACAGAUGUCAACUCACUUGGCUCCUACAGCUAUGAUUUAGUUGGAAAACCACACAGCUUAUAUGAGAGGUUACGAAUUCCUGUAGAUAAUCUAUUCUUUGCUGGGGAGGCAACAAGCAUGAACUAUCCAGGGUCUGUGCAUGGAGCGUACUCGACCGGACUGAUGGCUGCUGAGGACUGCAGAAUGCGUGUCCUGGAACGAUAUGGGGAGUUGGAUCUGUUCAACCCAGCCAUGGGCGAGGAGGAUGUGUCAGUCCCUUUGCUUAUCUCUCGCAUAUAACCUUCCCUAAUCUAUGUUGACAUAGGGUCUGGCUAACACAAUAAUUCCCAUUGGAUUGGGUGCCUGGGAAACGUAGGAAAAUAACCUGUCUUCCUUGAAUUCUCAAGCAUGGGAUAAUGUGUAGUCCUCCUUUGUGUAACAUAGCUUAGUUAGAACUGUGGACAAUUGAUAUAUAUCUAUGUUCUAUUAUAGUUUGCUAAAGAGGGUGAGACUAGGAUUUCAAUGCCAUUCAUAAUAUAUAGACACAUAU